UUCUUUAGGCUUGACAGGCUAACCUGAUUUCCGUCAAGUGUAACAUUACUGUCAAAGGUUACCAGUUCCUUUGCUUAUUUUUCCCUGUACACCGCUUGUGUGUAAGGUCAAAAGUUUACUAAAGUAAAUGGAUGAUCCAUGACAUUUCAGAUUUUCAAUGUUUCGCAUCAUGCAUUUUAUCACAGGGAUGUAUACCAAAUGAAGUCGAAAUGACCAAAUCCUUUCAUCUAAAGCAAACAGACCUUGUGAUAAAGGCAUGUUGACCUACUGAUGUGUCAUGGGUUAUCAGAUUUUGACCAGUUAACUCAUCACUUGGACUUCUCCAGCACGUCUAAGGCCUGGCAGUUGCUAGUUUAUCUUUAAUUGAAACAAACGGCCAUACACCAGUCUAGUUUCUACUCAGCCGUGCAGUGUGCUCUACUAAGCCGUGCAGUGUGUUCUGCCUGCCCGCCCCCUCUCUGUGUGCAAUGGUUGUAAGGAGAAAAAAUGACAAAAGACCAAAGUCUGGAGCCUGCGAACUUCAUCCAACUACCCAGCCUGUCAGCUCCACAUGCGUCCAAGAAAAUGCCCAGGGAAGGAGAAUUCAUAUGUGGAUGGGGCGCUGCCUUUAUCAACAUUUGCGUCACUUUUCCUAUUAACAAAGCAAUAUUUCGCCAGCAGUUGCAUGGUAUAUCUGGCUUCGGUGCUGUCCAUCAGUUGAAGAAAGAUGGCAUACGAUUCUUGUACAGAGGGCUUCUGCCCCCUCUUCUACAGAAAACUUCAUCCCUUUCAAUUAUGUUUGGGGGAUAUUACUGGUCUCAGGAUUUCCUGCAAGAAAAAUUCCCAGCCCUGGGGGUCAAGACAAACCACACAGUGGCAGCAUUGGCUGCCGGAACUUUUGAGGCGGUGUUUACACCGUUUGAACGCAUCCAGACUCUCAUGCAGACGGCCAAGUACCACGACAAGUUCUCAAACACACUUGACGCGUUUAAAAGUUUGAAGAGCUACGGGCUGAGGGAGUACUACAGGGGCCUGUGUGUGAUCCUGCUGAGGAAUGGUCCCAGUAAUGUUUCUUUCUUCCUGGGCAGGGAGUAUCUGCAGACAGUUGGACCCACUCUUCUCACUGGCACGGAAAGGAUGGUGAAAGACUUUAUAUGUGGCGCCUGUCUAGGAGCAGUCAUCAGCACAGUUUUCUUCCCUCUCAAUGUCCUGAAAGCCAAAGCUCAGUGUAAGUUGGGCGGGGACUUCGAUGGUGUCUGGAAUCUAUUCAAAGUUCUGCUAGCUGAGAGGAAUGGAAGUAUAAAGGCAAUAUUCAAAGGUGUGCAUCUGAAUUAUAUGCGCUCUUUUAUAUCAUGGGGAAUAAUUAAUGCAUCCUAUGAGUUUUUAAUGACCUCGUUUUUUAAAGAUCCACAAGGAGAUUUAAAAAACAGAUGAAAAUCACAGUGUUUAGUGUUGAAAUAGGUUUUUCCUGUCUGUAAAUUUUGUAAGUUUUCAUCAGCUGAGAUAUUGUUUCACCAAUAGGAUAUGUUUUUGGUGUGAGCUGUUGUUUUGAACUGCUGCACAGUUGUAAAUACACAGUAUUGUAAAUACCAGUUCUAUAUUGAACUGGAUUGGAUGAUAUCACAAAAGCUGUAGAUUUUUAUUUUAAGCGAGACUUGAUCUUGAGUAAAUUGUAUUCAAGUUUUCUGCUGUGUUACAUGUGUGUUGAGUUUUGUGUUUGAUGAGUUCAUGGUUUUCUAUGUUUAUUCAACUGCCAGUUUUCCCAAAGGGUAGAAUUUGAAUUGUGUCUGUCAUUGUGAACAGUUGAGGCAGGUAACAAUAAAAAUAGGUGAAAUUUGAAAGAAUGUGAAAAAAAUUGUAGACAUGUCUAUUUAAGAUGUAUUCUGUCAAUGCAUUUAUAAAUAAUUCGUCUUUAUCCACACCAUUAAUUAUAUAGCUAUAUAUAAACAUAAAUAAAUAAAAUUAUUUAAAAAGAUGUAAGCCUCUAAUUUAACAAAUUUCAAUUUAUUGUAAGUCAUGGUGUACUGUUUUGUUGAUUAUUUGUUAUGAAUUUUAAACCUUUUUUUAGUAAAGUGUUUUAUAUGUUUUGUUAUGUCAUCUGAGAAUAUUUUUGUUGAUUUGUUCUUAGUUAUGAUGCAUUAGAAGACGCAAGUAAAUUUUAUAAUAGUACCUGGUACGUUCCAGGCCUGCUUAGAUCAAGUGAUUUUUAUAAAGCUAGUUUAUUAAGCCUUUGGGGUUUGUACUACGAUUGUAUGUUUAUCUAUGAUUCUUUCAUCUUCUAUCAAAUAUUGUUCAUAAAAGUGUCGCAUUUACACACAUCCUUCAAUUCCCAGUGAACUUUAGAUCCAUUUAAAGAAAAUAAUGUUCUUAUACAUUUGUUCUUUAUUGUUUUUGUCAUCUUGAAAAUUUUAUUUAUACGUUAAUAUUUUAAGGAAGGCUGCAAAAUUUUGUUUAUAUUUUAAGGAAGGCUGCAAAAUUUUGUUUAUAUUUUAAGGAAGGCUGCUAAUGAUAGAGUUAACUAGUCAUCAAAUGAAGUCUAAAAUGAUUGGGUUAUACGUUGUCUGAAUUACACAAAGAUUUGCCGCAUUAUCUAUUAGUCAUGAAAUAUUAAGACAAUCCAAAAUGUUAAGAAAUCUGUAUGGUUUGUUCUUUUUAUUCUUUGGCAAAUGUUUUUUUGUUUUGUUUCUUGAUUAAACAAAAAGAUUUAUCUUUAGUGAAACAGAUAACAAAAAUGUUAACUAUACCAGUGCCUUUUAAUUGACUAGUCUUAUCAAUAAUUAUAGUCUAAUUAAUCUUUAAACAAAAAUUAAUGUACACCUUUAUCUAUGUUGUCAUUAAAUUAUUCUUUAAUUUACACCUUGAAUCUGGUCUAGUUGAAAUAUUUCAACAUAAGAUUGAAGGAUUCCUUUUUUAUAGGUGUUGAGUUUAAGAUUUUAUCUAAAAUGUGCUUAUUAUAAUAGUAAUAAUUUUGUUUAACUAGGGUAAUUUUGAUAGUAGUUUAAUGAUGAGGUUGAUAGUUGUUUUAUUAUAGUUUAUUUCUACACAGAUUUCAUUUUACUUUACUCCCUCCCUCCCUUGUAAAUGUUUUAAUACAAUUGUAAAGAACCAGAAGUUGUUACCAUAGCAACGUAAUGUUUGUACCUAGCACAAAGUACAACACAUCAAACAGGUUGUGGUUGUUUUAAUACCACAUUUUAGCUCUUGUUAACUUUGCUUAAAACUUUUUUGUUUUAAAUUAUGAUUGCAUCUUGUACAACUUUAAAAAUUAAGUAUUAAUUUAUCAGUGGGAAUAUGAAGUUAUUAUUUUAAACAGAUUGUAAACUGAUUUUAAUUUAUCACCUCUUUGACUUGCAGUGAGUUUUUAUUGGCAGUUUUUUUUUUUUACUAAACAUUUUAAAAUGUCAUUGCGUGAAUAGAUUUAUUAUUUUUGUUUUGGCGAAACUAAAACUUUGUUCGAUUUAAAAGUUUGAGCAGUAGUAUUUGUUUCUUUCACAUUUAGUCAUUCACAAAACCAUCUGUUUGAAUAAAUUAUUUUUAAAAAUUAGUUUGAACUAACUUUGGUAAACUAGUGUAAUUGUACAUUCAUAGUAAAUUAUUGAAUUCCAACAACGGAGUCAUCUUUAGGUCCUUGUAUUCUAAGAUUGUUUCAGAAAUGUCUUGUUGGUACCAUUCUGAUAUUUGAUUUGUUGCUUGAGUGUUAUUUUUUAUUUAACUUUAAGAUUGUUGUUUACUAUAUAUACUUAGAAUAAAACAAUUAUUUACC